AUGCCAAGACCUCAUUCAAAUAAACGCCAGCGGAUUAGUCGUGCUUGUGACCAAUGCCGCCGACGCAAAUCCAAAUGCGACGGGGAGCAACCAGGGUGUGCGAUCUGCCUCCAAGCCGGCCGGCGAUGUACAUACCAGGACAACGGUCGACGCCGUGGAUUGCAAACUGGCUACGUGAAAACCCUUGAGACUGUACUUGGAAUUGUUUUUCAGCAGAUCCCUGACAGUGAAAGCGCCGUCCAAAGCCUUCUUCGUGAUCCUCAACAUCAGAACAGCUUUCUCGCCACCGAGUCGGUAGAGAAAUAUACAAUGAUAUGGCGCAAUUCAAAAGUAGCGAAAGGUGUGAAUCGCUUAUUAGCACCUGGGUCGCAAGAGAAUAUAUACGAUCCACUCGGUGAUGAUGAUGAUGAGUACCACCAAUGGGAGUCAUGCGACACGCGUAGUCCAGAGAGGACAAGUCACACCCCAAUGAAUGCCUCGAGUACUGAUACGUACUCCAUCCAACCUCCACCUGCAUCUGCAUUACAUAUAACGGCAUCUAAUGAUAUCUUAAACUUGCCAUUCCCAGGCGACGUGGCAGAGCUGGUAGACUUCUACUUUGCUCACAUUCAGUGCUGGUUCCCUAUACUUGACCGACGCGACAUUUUAAGGACUAUGCACGGCGACCCUUCCGCAAAGAAUCGUAGUGCAAGCUAUCCAGUAGUCCUGUGGGCUAUUAUUGCAUACGUACGCAUGAUGAGAGAAACUGCAAGUAUGGAAGCUUGUCUACAGCCGAAACAUAUAGAAGCCGCCAUACGCGUGCGCCUGAUGCUGGAUUUUAACAAUCUAGAGUUGAGCCACGUUCAGACCCUACUGAUUGUGGCUCUUCUGAAUAUUGGACGUGGAGACUUAAACCAAGCCUGGGUGCUCGUUGGUCAGGCUAUGAGGAUCGUCGUUACCCUCCCUGAACCAGCCAGAAACCAGAGAUACGGGCACGUUUUCCAAGGUUGUGUGUUUCUUGAUAACAUGGUUUCCGCACUUCUCGACAGAACUCCUUGUCUCUCAUUGGAAGAACAGAGUGAAAACAAACCCAUCGCUGAGGAUGAUCUGGAGGAAUGGGAGACGUGGACAUCUUGUGAUCAAGCCCCGAGUCUAAAAACCACUCAGAAGGGGCCAUUGCGAGCCCUGAGCAUGUUUAACCUGGUCCAUGAACUUAUGCAAUUAUUAACCGAAGUCUUGUACCGUCCAUCUGGACAAGAGAACAUACAGCACAUUGCUUCCAAGUUGAGAGACUGGCAAUCGGUUCUUCUAACACGCUACCCAUAUCCCCCACGCCACUCACCAAAUCCUCCUUUACUAAAUUUACACCUAACCUCAUCAUUUGUUACGUUGUGUUUGGUUAGCAAAUGUAACUUCGACGAUGCGACCAUUACCACUAUGGCACUCCAUGCCCUACGGACGUGCCUUGAUCUACUUGAUCGAUAUAUUGAGAUCACAAGCGAAACGAAAUCUUCCCCCCUUCUGUAUUGGUUCUUUUUCCAGGCACAACGAUGUCUACGCACGAGCAUUCUGAUUGGCCGCUGUGGUGAAGAAGAUGUGCUCCAAAGACGCCUCAGUCAGCUUAUGGGUAAACUGAAGUUGGCCAGUCCCCCGAGAUUAAACAGGUCGUAUAUACGCGACUCGCGAUCGGGCUGGAAUAUAGAGGACUUUAAUCAUUUUCUUCCUACAAUCCAAGUGUUUGAUAAUACAUACACUGCUGGUUUACCUGUGAACAUGGCCCAUGGUCGUACAACUGCCCCCAUCAUCAAUCCUACCAGCAUCCAUGAUUCUCAGAGCUACCUGGUCUCGGGUCUCUCUGACAAACCUGACAUGACAGUGGCACCUACUAUUUCUACUCCCAUUUCUCCUGUUCCUCGACAAACGCCCCAUAUAUUAGAUGAAACCGGAAACUUUGACGCGUUAUUUGAAGAGAUGGUUGCUUCCAUAACGCCACUGAGUCACGAACCUACAUUUGCGCAAAACCUCGGCUUCCACGCAGGAGACCUGGUGACAGACUUUGUUGCCGAGCUGCAGCAACCAACUCAUGAUUGA